CCUUCUCGAUGUUUCCUCCAUAUACACGUGUAUAUCACCGCCUGUGUUUUAUCGGUUGCAGCUUAUCCCCACCGAUACAUAAUUUAGAAGCAGUCUAUUUGAAUACCCCUUCUCCACUCCGGUCCUUCUCUACUUCUUCCUUCUUUCCUCUUUUUUGUUCAAUCGUUUCAGAUUUUUGGGAUAAUAUGAUGAUCGCCUUCAGGCUUUCGAUCUACGCCCCCUUCAACCUCUGAAUCCACCAUCGACUUUGGUAACUGCCAUGCCCUUCGGGUUAGUUUAACCUGGGUUAAUCCUCCCCCGAUCCACCGAAUUACGAAAAGGCGACUGUUGUUCCAGUUUCUUCCAGUUUCUUCCGGUCGACUUCUUGGUUUGGGUUUGCAGCUUCCUCCUCACCGCCAUCGUCUUUCUUCUUCUAUUUUGUUCUACAUACCUCCACCUCCUGGAGGAAAAACAUACGUUCGAUCCCUCUGUAUUCUUUGUGUGCCUUUUCUUUCUCCCCCAACUACCCGCUCCUAAUUUUCAUUUAAUGAACAAAAUUGGUAUUGUCAUUAGCUUCUUUUCUGCUUCCUUUCUCGACUAUGUCUGUUUCUCGGUGUCUCUUUCUGUAAUAAAGAGAGAGAGAGAGAGAGAGGUAGGUGAGUCGAAGAAGGAGUAAUGAUACAUCUAGGGUUUCCAGAUGGAAGAUGUGGUGGGCGUUAGAGAAGAACUGAGAUGAGGAGAGGCGGUGGGUUAUUUGAGGAGAGGCAGCGGAGACAUUCAGCCUCCGAUUUCCCAUUCCGAAUUACAUAGGAAAAAAACCCAAAUUGUUGUCUUCCUCUAACUCAACCACUGCUUUUGCUCCAUCUUUAUGUUCUCUGAAAGAAAGACGGUCCUAUUUCACACCACCACCAACAAACUGUACACCGCCUCUGACGACGACCAUCACCGUUUAUACCGCCGACCAUCAUCGGUUUUUGUCCACAUCUGGUUCGACGACUAACAUGUAUUAUUUAUUUAGUCUUUCCAGUUACGAGCCCUAACAUAUUUUAUUGUGACUACUAAUAGUUUUCCUUCCAUUUCUAUUUUGAUUUUAUCCAUUCAUUACAGCUGUUUGUAUUCCUAUCUACUUAAUUUCAAGCCCUUUUCCUCCAAAAUUCCAAAAUUACCUAAUUGAAGGUACAAAAUCUAGGAUUAUAUUUUGUUCAAGAAGUUGAAGGCGUUGAAUGGCCAGAAAAAUCGAUUGAAAUAGACCUGCGAAAUAGGGUUUGAGUUUUAAUGAAUUUGCUACUGCUUUUUUCCAUUUUGGUUAUUCUAACAGGCUAUUGGAUGUGGAGAGACACUUCACUACAAACCCUUAUCCCCAGUCUGUUCACUAGAUUCUACAAACCAUUACCAAGUGAUUUUUUUUCUCCAACAAGAGGCUCAAUUGAAAGUUGUUCCAGGUUGUGGUCUGGAAAAAUACAACUGGCUGAUAUUCUCUGUAUUUCAACACAGGUCAUGUACAUUAAGCAAGAUUGAAGGGUCAAGAAUCAGUGGUUAAAGCAUGAAGACCAAGUCAAGGAUCUUUUUGAUAUUGAUUUUAAAAAUAUGAGGCAUGCUUUGCUCCAAAAAUUAGUCAAUGUAUAUAAUUAACACUUCAUUGAAGCAUCCUAAUCUCCCUCUAAGCUUCGGCACUUUUAAGAUCCUUCAGGUGUAGAGAUGUUUUGAGCUCUGAGUUUGAAUGGUGUUUGAAUGGUGUUCUGAUCUUAACACUACUUUAUUUCUAAAGCGGAUGAUUGAUGCCGAGAAGCCUGAUUUUAUUGCUUUUAUAGGGUAUAAUGUAAGAAACCAUAUUUAUACUAAAGAGGCUGGAGUUUUUGAUCUGGUUAAUACAGAUCGUCUUGAAAAAUGGGGUAUUACCUACAAGGUACCAUUUCCAGUCAGAUACUAUAGGUUAAUUGUUUAUUGAAAAUACGGGUGUUACAAUUUCAUUUCGUUUGAAGUUGGGCUUUACGUAGUGUUCGAAAGUAGUGUUCGAAAGCGAGGUGAUGGCUGAAGUGGUGAGUGGUGUUUUACUUUGGAUUUGGUUCUGUCUCUUAUUCUAUGUAUUGUAAAUAAUUUUUUUUUUGAACGGCAAAUACAAUUAUAUACUAAA